UGCCAUAGGCUAUAGUUGUGUUAGCAUCCUCUACAGAGUUUAUACUACGCCCAUAAGCGUGAUGUUCGAGGCGCAGAGGGACGUUGCAAUGCGUUUUCCUGCGCAGGUCAUUUCAUUGUUGACUUGACAUUUCACUGUCGCGGUCGGUGAGGUUGUGAUCUCGUCAACAUCUUUGACUUGAUACCGUGGCCUGGACGCGGAUGGUUUAAGAGGACGGGCGAACGUUUGCACGGGCGCAGUUGUCUGGACAUGGGAGUGGAUGUCUGAAGGUUCCAUGGCCGCCGGCUGACCUGCGGCGCGAUGCGGCACCACUGGCUGCUCCUCGGAGCCUGCGGCUGGGUGCUGCUCAUCCUCAUGUUCGUCACCAAGUUCAUCAACUUCCGAGCCGCCGAUGACUACGGCGAGAAAACUGGGAGCCAGACAUGGACUGAGUCAGGGUCUAAAGUCAGGUCCAGCCCGGAGAAAGACGGACUGCAGCUCUCGGACCAGCACUCAACGGGAACCACAGCAGCUUCCGAAUGGGAGUCUGUUGUUGAAGGUCGAGUCCAGCUGCUCUCUACUGUGUGCAAGAACAGCAGCCUGAGGAAUCUUACCUACGUCUCCAUCAGCAAGUUUGUCCUGGAUCGCAUCUUUGUCUGCGACAAGCACAGGAUCUUGUUCUGCCAGACGCCCAAGGUGGGAAACACGCAGUGGAAGAAAGUGCUCAUUGUUCUCAAUGGAGGUUUCCCAACUGUGGAGGAGAUCCCUGAAAACCUCGUCCAUGACCAUGACAAAAAUGGUCUUCCUCGCCUUUCGUCGUUUUCACCGAAGGAAAUAACUCGCAGAUUAAGCACUUACUUUAAGUUUUUCAUCGUGAGAGACCCAUUCGAGAGGCUCAUUUCCGCCUUCAAGGACAAGUUUGUGAAGAACCCGCGCUUCGAGCCGUGGUACAAGCACGACAUCGCUCCUGCCAUCAUCAGGAAGUAUCGCAAAAGCCAUCGUGAGAGCGAACUGGCAGCAUCCGGACUCCACUUUGAAGACUUUGUCCGAUAUUUGGGAGACAUCGAGGGCCGGCGGCGAAUGGACCGGCAGUUCGGCGAGCACAUCAUCCACUGGGUGACUUACGCCGAGCUGUGUGCGCCGUGUGAGAUCCAAUACAAUGUGGUGGGCCACCAUGAGACGCUGGAGCAGGACGCACCGUACAUCCUCAGAGCUGCUGGCAUCGAGCAGCUGGUGGCGUACCCCGCCAUUCCUCCUGGGAUCACACGCUACAACCAGACCAAGGUGGAGCGUUACUUCUCAGGGAUCAGCAAGCGGGACGUUCGGCGGCUGUAUGCCCGAUACCAGGGUGACUUCCAGUUGUUUGGAUACCCCAGCCCUGACUUCCUACUUGACUAAAACGACUAACCUCAAACAAACACACUGAGUAGAGGUAUCUGAAGAUUGCGUUAUAUACUCUGCUAUAUACUGAACAAUACUACAUGCGAAGUAGAAGCAAGUAGAAGAGUAUUGGCUCAAGAUAUCGAAGGUUUGGGGAGUAAAGAUCUUGGCGUACAACUGGACCCAAUACGAUUACAUGACAAAUGUGUCUCUAACUGAUGAGACCGAACCUCACUAUGUUGCACAAAGCAACAAAUAGCAACAUACUUCCUCUGUUACAUUGUUUUGUGGUUACUUCUUUCACAUUUAUUUUUGUUUACCUCCAAGAGCGCACUGCAAUGCAGCUCAGUGUUCAAGUGCUAACAGGCCUUAAAGUUACUCUUAAAUUUCAGGUCAAGUUUCUCUAUUGUAGCACUGUCAUUCGGAGCGGCUGUGCGGCCUCGCUCUAAGUUGCUGUUGUCGAUUCACAAUUAUCGCGUGUUGUUUCAACGUUUAUGUCACGGUAAUUUGCACUGAUAUUGACAUAUGUAUUUACUUCUUUGAGCACUCGGACUUAAGCAAGCUUGAUGGUUGCCUCCCAUGUUCCUGUUCCUUCACAGUUUCUUCACUUUUCUUUCUUUUUCCCCUUAGACUCCCUUGUGACUACUGCAAACACCCCACAGAAGCUGUGUACAUGUGGGGAAUUGGCUAUGACUUUCAAAGCGUUAGACAAGAGGAUGUAAACGUUUUUGCUUUGCUGUCAUGCAUUUUUGAUAUUUAAACCCUGUAGCUCAGUUGCACUCAAACAUUUAUGGUCGACUGUCAGGAUUGGAAAAUGUUUUGACUUGUAACACGCUGCACAGUGUCACCUGUGCAUCUGGCAUGGACAGUGGUUACAUUCAUCAAAAAUGUUAGUGUGAAACAGUGUCUUUCUUGAUAUUUAUAAUCAAUUAACUUAAACAACUGACUCCUGGCACAAUGUUUUAGAGUUCAGCAGACUUCCUCGACAGUUGGGUCUCUGCACUUG